AUGUACGGUGGCCCGUGGCAGGAGUACAAGCUCAUGAAGGUCAUCGAGCACCUUCGCGAGGAGAAUGAGCGGCUGCGCCGCGACGCCGCCGGAGACGGGGUUGAUUUUGCCAUCUCCACUCCGAUAUGGGGCGCCGACGCGGGCAAGGGCAGCAGCCACCACUUCCCCACCAGUGUGGACGACGCGCCGCUCGGCGAUGCACUCAUCGGCUCCACGCGCUCGAGCUUCGGGGAGACAACACCGUCUGCGCCCUCGUCGGUGCCGCGCAGUAGGAACACGAAGCCAUCAACGGCGCUGCGUUUCAUGACGACAGUACGAGACGUCGACGUGUUUGUCGAGCAGGAGGAAGCACAGCAGUCGAGGCUUAAUAGCACCGCCUUAGAAGUACGAAAUAGUGUGGGGGUCAGCGGCACAGGUCGCAAACGGCCUACGGGUCCGCCGGAGACGACGAAGUGUGAGCACAAAAGUCAGAGGCGACCACUCUCUGCGUUGCAAUCGAGCGCCUCUGGUGCAGCCCGUGCAGUCCCUGUGCGUGUUGAGCUUGGUACAGGUAAAGUGCUGCGUGAGUCUUCAGUCCAAGUAGUGGUACCCUCUCCACAGAUAGACGAAGGGUCUGGUGUGACGCCCUCUGGUGUGGUCUGCUUGAGUAUUCUACAGGAAGAUCCACUCCUGAAAGAAUUGUUGUGUGGGCCCCCACUAGACACGAAGUCGAAGUACCAGCGAGCAGGCCAACCAUUACCUGAACGUCGACCGCCGAAGAACUCCAAGGGUGGUGGCAUUAGCGAAGAGGAGCUGCAGGAACGAAUAGAGCGAAGACUUCGUCUGCAAAUGCUAUACAGUGGUCAAUCUGUACCUGAUGGAGAGGCACCUCUAAGUAUUGUUGAGCCACUCCAAAAAGAAGAGCAACAGCAGCAGGGGGACGAUAAAGCUGUAGCGUUCAUAGGACAACCCUGCCCAAGUGUGCCGUGGGACGUUCUUCCUCCAACUAUCCCGUACCCACAGACAGCGGAUGGGACAGCACGUUCGAUGUGUCUUAGUGUCGCAUUUACGUCUGAUAAUGGGGAACAAGGUCGUUCACCUAAUGUGUCAUCACCACCGCAGCGCCGCCAGCGCUUGAGCCACCCAUACGAUGUCGGGGCACCCUUGGCUCCGCCAAAUGUAGAGCCCUCUAGCCGUUGUGGCGCUACAACAGAAGCACCACUGGGCACGUCUGCUCUAGCGAAUGCGGGAUAUGAUGUUCCAAGACGGAGUAGUAAUGGCGGGAUAUGUAGAACGUUCAAUAGAGACUCUCUUUCCCUCACGACUAACGUUUUUCACUCGGGUCAUUUCUCGCCGUCAUCGGCGCUGCCACCCGCUGAGUUGUCAGACAGUGGCGCUGGUGCUACACGCACAGCUGGAAGUUUUACGAGUUAUCCGACUACGAGAGUUAGUGCCACAAGGGCUUCGACAGUAGAGCCUCUCGAUGAUGACACAGUAGGAGCGUUGCUUAACUGGGCUGAACAUCUAGACGCAGAUGCCAUCAUCUGA